AUUUGCAGGUUUCAUUACUAUCCUAAAGAGGACACAAUCAGCUUCUAUGAAUUAUGCUUGGUCCAACAUCACUAGGUCCAGGAUCAUUAGGUCCAACAUCAAUACCACGAGCACCAGAAGACGAAGAUUCUCGAAAUGUCAUUGAUCGUUUGGCAGAAUUCGUAGCGAAAAAUGGAAUGGAAUUUGAGGAACGUACGAGAGCCAAACAGUAUGGCGAUCCACGUUUUACUUUUUUGUAUGGUGGCGAAUUUGCGGAUUACUAUCGUUUUCGAGUAAUGCAAGAAAUUCAGAAGUUAAAUGAUGGAAAUUCGCCUGCGACUUUAGCUCCCCCACCAGCCAUACAAGUGCCACAAUUUGACGCCAAUGCAGCCUUGGCUCAAAUUGCAACUUUCAACCAGCAAAUUGCUGAUAGUGAGGCGAACUUAAGGGCCCAAUUUGAGUCCAUCGAAUUGCAAAAAGAGGCCCAACUUGCUAUAGCAAUCGAGAAGGCUGAAGCAGACAAAAUAACAUCCAUAUGUGAGCAGGUUUCGUUGGAUGUUGAACCCCUUUCAAAAAUGCUCGAUCAGCUUAGUGGUCAUUGUAGUAAAGAUGUUAUUUCAAACAGCAAGAAAUGGAUAUUCGAAAAAUGUACAACUGAUCGCUUGCGUGAAGCUAUACUGAUGUAUCUACUAUAUCGAGUGAAGGAGCCACGUGCUACUGAACAAUUCAAACUUCAUAUUUUAUAUUUAAUAAACGAUUGGGCUCAUCAUUGUCAGCGAAAAAAGUUGGACGCAAUCCGACAAAUGCUUUCGCGGUAUGUACCGCAACUCUACGCUUUCACAGCUCAGGGUGUUAAGGAAGCCAUCGUGAAUGAAAAAUUAGAGAAAUUGAUUGGUGUUUGGGAAGGUCACAAAUAUUUUGACGAUGGUUGUUAUAAACAAUUACGAAAUCCACUGCUAUUAUAUCAAAACUGGAAAAAUGCGCAACAAGCAGAAUAUGCAAAGAAAGCGGCGGAAAUCCAUGCACAAUUACUGGCAACUUAUAAAGGUUAUGAGCAGCAGCACCAGGAAUUUGCAUUGCAUUGUAGGACGCAGAUUGCUCUGCUUCAACAACAAAUUGAAGCCGAAAGGAUAAAACAAAGCAUGCCUCCACCCGCAUCAGGACCUACAAUGCCACCAGCACCACCAGCAAUAAUACCUGAAGGACCAUCACCGUUGAAUCGUCGCGAACGAAGGUCACGUUUUGACCAGAAGAUUGCAGGACCACCGCCAGCGCAAAAUAAUUUCACCAAUAUACCGCCAGAAAAUGAUUACGGUCGCUUUUUCACUGCUCCACUACCACAUACAAAUGUUCCAUCACCCAAAGAUAUAUAUCAUGCCCGGCCUGAUGAAGAUGAUCCAUCAUAUGUUAUUUACGAUGACGACGAAUUCAACACUGGUUUACAGAAUAAAAAUCGUAAAAAUGAAAGUGAAGUCCAAACAGCUCGUCCUCCAUUUCGUGUUCCUUCGCAAGCUCCCGUUUUUGGGCCUCCACCGCAGAAUAUGUUUGAUGAUACAGCUUUAAUUCCAAGCGUACCCUAUUACGAGUUACCCGCGGGCAUGAUGAUGCCACUGAUUGAAAUGGAAGAUGUACUGUACAAGCCUGUCGUAGUAUCAAAAUUACGUCUUCCACCCCCAAUUCCACCAACUGAGCGCUUAUUACGAGCCAUGGAUGCUUUUUAUGCCCCGCAAAACGUGGAAAAUCAAAGAGAUACAGAUGGUUGGGAACGUCACGGUUUAUUCGAAUAUUAUGCGAAGAAAAAUGAAAUAAAGAAAAAAGUGGAGGAAGAAUUGAAAGCAGAGGGGAAGACGUUAGAAGAUGCGAUUGAAAAUGUCUAUAUCGAGGAAAACGAUGAGGAAAAAGAUGAGAAGCGAAAUUAUAGAUGUUCUUCUUCAAGAAGCCAUCAUCGAUCGAGUUCAUCUGAUUCAUCAAGCAGCCGAUCGAGUUCUUAUUCAAGUGAUAGAUCAAGAAGGAGACGGUCAAGAAGUAGUCAUUCGAGGUCGAGUGGAAGUGUUAGCUCUCGAUCUCGGUCUCGAUCUUUAUCACGUUCGAAUUCAAGGCAUCGUCGUAGCAGAUCUCGAUCAGAUUCAUCGAGACGACGGAGGCGUUCUGAUUCACGAAGUACUUCUCCCGAUACACGGCCUUCAUUUGGAAAUCAGAAACAAAUUGGCAGUCGAAGUCCUACUCCAAAAUUUAUUCCACCAUCUGGACCUCCACCGCGAUUAAGUUCUACGAACAAAGGUGCACAGCUGUUAGCAAAAAUGGGUUGGCAAGGUGGUGGUUUAGGCGCCGACAGACAGGGUAUUGAGGAACCGAUACCUGGUGGUGAAAUUCGGGAUACUAUGGAUCAGUUUCGUGGUGUUGGUUCAAAACCAGAUAUGUACGAAGAAUAUCGAAAGCAAAUGAGUGGAUAUCACAAGAGUCGAAAUAAGCGUGGUUUUGAUUAAACUGUGGACUUCUUUGUCUUUUGUACCGAAGAAUAGUCUGUAUUUAACUU